ACUCCUCGGUCAAAGCCGCAGCCGAUUGGCCAUUCACGCUGCCACUCAUAACCAACGCGGAAGAAUACGAGGAAGUGGAGCAGGCUUACAGUUGCCUUAGUGCGGUUAACGUUAGCAGACAGACAUGGUUCUCCAGAAGCGUUCAGGAUUAUCGCGGCCCCGGUAGUUUUUCAGGUUUCAUUCAGGAUGUCGUCCAACGAGGUGGAGAAAACCAAAAACAAUGACUCGGGGUCAGUCUGUGACUCUGUAGACACCAACAGCAAGAGGGAAAGCGACAGUGUCAAGAGCCGCCAGGGAUCUGUGGGAGAACUUCACGCUCAGCCUGCUAGUGACACAUCUAGCAAUGCAGAUGCAAGCACGGUGGCUGCGAAGAACCUGGCUCUGCUCAAAGCCCACUCCCUAGAUGUGAAGUUUGAAGUCGGUGAGGAGUAUGACAUCAUCGAAACCAUCGGCACGGGCGCGUAUGGUGUCGUCUCGUCCGCCAGGAGGCGGGACAAUGGCCAGCAGGUGGCGAUAAAGAAGAUCCCAAAUGCCUUUGAAGUGGUGACGAAUGCUAAGCGCACCCUCAGAGAGCUCAAGAUUCUGAAGCACUUUAAACAUGACAACAUCAUCGCAAUUAAAGACAUCCUUCAGCCUGCUGUACCUCAUUCGGCCUUCAAGUCUGUCUACGUCGUCCUUGACCUCAUGGAGAGCGACCUGCAUCAGAUCAUCCACUCGAGGCAGCCCCUGACCCCUGAGCACACGCGCUACUUCUUGUACCAGCUGCUGCGAGGCCUCAAGUACAUCCACUCAGCCAAUGUGAUCCACCGUGACCUCAAACCGUCCAACCUUCUGGUGAAUGAGAACUGUGAGCUGAAGAUCGGUGACUUUGGCAUGGCCCGGGGCCUGAGCGCCGCGCACCCGGAGGAGUCACGCUCCUUCAUGACGGAGUAUGUGGCUACUCGUUGGUACCGUGCACCAGAGCUCAUGCUGUCCCUUCACCACUACAGCCUGGCCAUCGACCUCUGGUCAGUGGGCUGCAUCUUUGCUGAGAUGCUGGGCAGGAAGCAGCUAUUCCCCGGCAAACACUACGUGCAUCAGCUGCAGCUGAUUCUGUCCGUUCUGGGCACUCCACCCGAGAGCAUCGUAGGUGCCAUUGGAGCUGAAAGGGUUCGUUCAUACGUCCAGAGCUUGCCCUCCAGAGCUCCCGUGCCCUUCUCCAGACUUUACACCCAGGCCGAACCAGCUGCACUGGACUUGCUGGCCGCCAUGCUGCGUUUCGACCCUCGUGAGAGGAUUAGUGUGUGCCAGGCUCUGGAGCACCCCUACCUGUCCAAGUACCACGACCCGGAUGACGAGCCUGUGUGCGUUCCCGCCUUCGACUUUGAGUUUGACCGGCAGCCAAUGGGCCGAGAGCAAAUCAAAGAGGCCAUCCUGGCCGAGAUCCAGGACUUUCACCAAAAGAAGCAGGGCAACCGGAAAAAGAUUCAGUUCAAACCGUUGCAUAGAGCCAGCAGUGCCAGUUCUGGUCCACCAGGGGGUGCCAUGCCUAAUAACACCCAUUCAACAGUGCCACAGACAAGCACUACGCAUUCUCAGCUGCAGAAACCGCGUCAAAAUUUGGCAGCCCUACCGACUAAUUCGGUUCCUCUGUUUCGUAAGCAGGCUGACCAUCUCACUCAUAAUUUGCCUCCCUUGACCCAAACAGGAAGCUGCCAGGACGUGGACAUGCCCAGUGCCAACUCUGACGGCCAACCGGAAACCAUAGAUCUCACCACACCCACAUCAAGCCAGGGCACGCCCCCCUGUGAGUCGAUGAAAGAGUGCACAAAGCAGGAGCCUGCUUCACCAAGUCAGGCUCCUCCCAGGCAGCCGCUUCCUCAGAUGACCUCUACAUCGCUGCCCAGCCUUCCUCAGUCCGGUCCCUCUCUCUCCCUCUCUCAGUCCCAGGCCCAGUCUCUCUCUCAGUCGCUUUCACGCUCACUUGGAAAAGGGGCAAAAGCAACAACUGGGGAGACCACCAGGAAGGAAGGAGCGAUUUCAGAUGACACCAAGGCGGCCCUCAAGGCAGCCUUGCUUAAGUCAGCACUGAGACAGAAGGCACGAGAUGGGGGUUCUGCAGCCGUAGGCGUAGACCUUUGUGGAGGCUUCGGAGGCUCAGCUUCUUUGCUUUCCUCAUCUGGUCCAGAACACAGGAGACCCGUUACUGCACAAGAGAGGCAAAGAGAGAGGGAGGAGAAACGAAGGAAGCGUCAGGAGCGAGCAAUGGAGCGAAAGAGGAAGCUUAAGGAGAAGGAGAAAAAGGAGGGCAAGAAAGGGGAAUCUUUGGGUGGGGUCUUGCUGAGCGACAACGACAAGAAGCUGUUGGAGCGGUGGGGGCGAAUGAUGGAUGGCCGAGGGGACAAAUCCCAGGCCACGGACAACGUCCCCGCCAAGACAAAUGACAAAAAGGCAGGUUCUUGUCAAAUACAGGCAGGCAAAGGCCUGAUACAGAUGCCCUUAGACACGGGAGACUCUGCGCCUGCCAAACAGCCGAAUGAGCUGCCAACCUUCAAACCGCCCCAGCAGAUAGUGCCUCAGAUCGGACAAUGUGUGGCAUCAGGAAUGUUCCAUCCACCUACGACCUUCAGUUCCCUGCCAAUCUCCCUGAGUUCAAAUGGGGACGUUGGGAUGGUAGCCAUUGGUGGAGGUGGAGGUGUGGGUGUGGUCGAUGGAGGUGGGGCUCUGAGCCUAGUUGGAAGUGGGACUAUUGGUGUGAUGGCAGCUCCGUGUGCCUUUGCCAAAAGCAACAUGCUUAAACCUCAACCCCAAGCUCCGUUCCUUGGGGGCGGGACCGUAUUCACCUCCCUUGACAACUGGACAGGAGCCCAGGCCACCGUAGGAGCAUCUCAGCAGGUCCAGCCUCCCCCUCCACGACUAAGCCAUCCGGCCCACACAAACUUCCCCGGGCAGCCUGCUCAGAUCCCUCAAACCCAGCCUCUUCAGCACCCUCAACAGACGCCAUCUCGUAACCCCCCUGUCAAGCUGCUCCCCUCGGACACCUUCAUCUCCAAGCCUCCAUCCCUCACCCCCAACGGGACGACCACAAGAGUUGGUCUGCAGGACACCAGCACGCCUCUGCCUGUCCAGGACCCUGUAGGUGCUCCUCAGUCUCUGGACAAGCUCUGUUCCGUCCUCGCUGAGCAGCAGAAUGGUGCUAAUUCACAGGGGCCUUCUCACAUUGCUGGAACAUCAGCCCAGCCCUGCCUGAGUCUCUCUGACACAGGACCACCUGGGACCAGCAGGGCACUGGACAUCCAUACAGUCACACUACAGCUUUCCAAGUCACAGGUUGAAGAUAUUCUGCCCCCAGUUUUCUCAGUAACUCCUAAAGGGAGCGGGGCAGGGUAUGGGGUCGGCUUUGACCUCGACGACCUCCUCACUCAGUCUCUCACUGACCUCCAGCACUCGGACCUCAGGGAAAGCCACAAUGACUCCGCCCCCCUCUCCGCAUCCUUGCUCUCUGAUUGGCUGGAAGUGCACCGCAUGACCCCUGCAGACCUGGAAUCACUCCAGCAGGAGCUUCAGCUUGGAUCGCCCAUGAUUCUCUCUGAUAACUCCACCCUCCCUGAGACCUGAUGACUCCAUUCAUCUGCUCGCCCCUCCGUUGGGUCUAUUGCAGUUAGAAUGUGAACAGUAGCAGCACAGAGGCAUCUCUGCCAGCGUGUUAGCACAGCCUGGACCUUCUGGUUCUGUAGAUUAAGUGUUGUUCCUUCUCAGCACCUUAUGUUCCACUCAAGCUCAUGUACUGCACAUCCUCAGUAAGUGCCAACUGGACUCCACACUCAGCCUGACAUCACGUUUAAAGGGUAGCUAGUCUUCUUCAACCAAACCCCUCUCUUAUCUGUGGAUUGCUGUUUACCUUGCGGACCUGUUCACAUGUGUUCUUCCUCAGGCCUUACGGAUUAGGCUCAGGCUUUACCUCUGUGAAUCAGUGGUUGAAGGGAAGUUCCAGUGAUUUUUCAAAAUUUCUAAAUAAUUCAGUGUCGUAAAACAAGGUCAGUCAUCGGGCUGUGAAUUCAUAGCCAGUUCAUGUAAUAACUUUGUGAGGAAGUUCUUAGAGGUUCUGGUUCCUGUCACCACCACUGUGAACAGUUCUGGCUCUUAAGUUUCUCUAAAACGGAGCUUUUCACACCAAGCCACUCUGUUUACAUCUUAUCCAUUUCAUUGUGGAGAAAUUUUUUAAAAUUCAAUGGACUUCCCCUUUUAUAGGUGCACAGUUUUUGAUGCAUUCUCACCCAUGACCAGUUAUGAAGACAAUGACCUUGCUAGCAUUUUUGGUGCUAAUAUGACCACAGUCUAAUCACAGGUACGAAAGCAGGACCUUUGGGUUGGAAAAACACCUUCGUUUAACACCCUCAGCACAAGAUAUGAAAAGCUGACAUAGUUAAUGUCAAAUUUAUAUGAUCUAAAGUUUAAACUGGGGCCCGACCGAUACUAAAAUGGACUAGUCUGAUAACUGAUAUAAUUUUAUAUUUGUCAGUCAUUUGUUAGUAAUGAAAACAUCCAAAACCCUGAAAUUCAACACUGAAACCAAAAUAAAGUUGUAAGAUUAUUUUGAUCAAGUUUUAAUUAUGUGUGUGUGUGUUUUUAGCUGUUAUUUGUGAAUUUUUCUUCUUUUUUUUUACUGAUACUGAAAAAAGCAGUCUAUCAGUCGGGCCCUACUUGAACCAGUUCAUGCCUAAAUCUUCAAGGCAAAAACAAAAGAUUUGCCCAUUUAGUGGCAAAAUCUAGAAGGUAAAAAAGGUAAAAGCUGUAGAAAGCAAGUGUCUGAACUCGUGUGCUCAACAAACCGCAGCAGUGGCACAGAGUUCACUCAAAGUGCAGACGGAAAACACCAAGGCAGCGACCGGAGGCCCCAAAAUCACUGUGAAAGCCAGCACAGCCCAGCGCACUCCAGAGUGGGGGAACCACGACUGGUGGCUCCCGAGUGCAGAAUUCAGCACAGACCAGUCAGAGCAGAUCGAUUCAGUUCCUUUAGGCCUUGUAGGAGUUUGUGUUUGGAUAACCGAUUUUGCACCAGCAUCACAACGAACGUGUUUCAAAUAAAGGAACCAAAAGGACAAA